AUGGCGGGACCUCCCCGGAAAAAGACGAAGGAUUUUUCAUAUUUUGAAAAAGAACAAUUGGAUAUUGUUUGCUUGCAGGAAACGCAUGUGACUAGGCUCCAUAGGAAAGUGUUAAUCAACAAAAGACUAGGCCAAGAAUUUAUUUCAUCAGACAAAGUGAAGAAAAGAGGCGUAGUGAUUUAUGCAAAGGAGAACCUGUCACCGAAAUUUCUGUUUAAAGAUGAGCAAGGAAGAAUUUUGGCAAUUGAGAUACAAACACAAGGAGAAAAGUUUUUGAUUUUAGGAAUAUAUGCACCAAAUGAGGGGAAAUCGGAAUUUUACAAGAAGCUGCAUGAGAUAAUGCUGGACUAUCUGGACUAUACCAACAUCAUAAUGAUGGGCGAUAUGAAUGGGGUGGUUUCUACUCACAUGGAUAAGUCACAAAAUCAAAAUUUAACUAAAGACGGCAGACUACCUAAAACCUUCUUUGAACUAACUGAUAACAUGGACUUGAUUGAUAUUUGGAGGACAAGGAACCCCUUAGGUAAAGAAGGAACAUUCUUUUCUGAGGCCCACCUAUCAUGGACAAGAAUCGACCAAAUAUGGACAACUAGAGGACUGGCACCUAAGAUCAGAAAAGUGGAAAUCUGUCCAAAGACUUGCUCCGACCAUAAUGCUUUGAAAGUGGAAUUGAGACUUACUCCAACCGGUUCUUUCAGAUGGAAAAUGAAUGACACCCUACUAAGAGAUCAGGAGAUUGUGAAGAAGGCCCAAAAACUUUAA